AGACAGGACGCAUGCUCAAUAGCUCGGAGGCGGUAGAAGCCAAUGUUUUCCGGAUGGUGGUGAGCUACCGGUCGGCCCCAGGCCGAGCGCGUCUCCUCAUUGCGAGAGACCUGCUCAGCCGCUCGACUGCGGCUGCCCCGCAGCUCUGCUCCCGCGACGUGCCCUGGUCUCUGGUGGGCUCGAGAACCCGCCCAGCACUUCCAUUCCCGCCUGUAACGAUAUAACGGGGGGGCGGGCGCUCCGCCAUCCCCGGGCUUGUCAGGCGUGGGGAGGGGGCCGGCGGGUCUGGGGGCAGCGAGCUGCCUGUGCCUGGCUGGGGGCUCCCCUGUAUGUUCCGGGGGGUGGACGGGACACCAGUGCAGCCUCCGUGUGGGUGGGGAGUGCCCCCUGGCCAGCUCCCCGCGGGGGCGGGUGGUUUGAGGGGUCGCGUUGGAGAGUGAGCGCCCUUGGCCAAAGGGUGCCAUGCACACGUAAGAUCCUCGCCCUUACGUCGGCGGCCGGCUGUGGUGGCGAGGGGGCUCGCUUUGCACGUGUUUCGCCGUCACCCCUGUGUAAUAUCGGCUAUGGCGGCUGCUCUCCUGAAGCUGCUCCCCCUAGACCCAGGGGACGAAGGCACACAAAGAUGCAGGAUGGGACCUGCCACGUUAUCCUCUCUGGGAGCCAGGCUCGGGUCCCCACUUAAGAUCACGGUUCCUGGUGGCUGCUGUUUGUGCACCGCCUGGCCAAGAAAUGAUUUGGCUGAUGGUUACCUGCAGCUUGAUCUGAAAUGCAAAACUUCAGGCUUAGCUGCAAGCAAGUUGAAAGGUCUCACCCUGAGUGUCAGUCACUUGAAGCUUUUGGCCUGCCACCGGUUGAGAAAAGUAACCGUGAAAGUGGUCCUUAAGAACCUUACUGUGAAAAAAUCCACCCCAGAAGGAACACUACAGGAGACAGUCAAAGAGCUACUGAGAAAUGUGUAUGUUUCUCUUCACCAUGUUGUUACUGCUUCCCCAGUUCCUGGAAAUCCAGUGGUGUGUGUUGAAAUACUGGCUGUAGAUGCUUCGACAGAACAAGCUGGCCUGAUAGCUCCCAAAACUAAUAUAAACAUUAAGGAGGUAGUCACUUUAGAAUGGUACAGACACUUGUCAAAGGACACUGCACAAAUUUCAGUUGCAGGAAUGGAUGAUUUGGGCAGCUCUUUGAAAGAGAUGAUUGUUUUGCCUUUACAUUUUCCCAAAACCUUCAAGAAGUUGGGUCUUUCUGUCCGUAGUGGAGUACUGUUGGUGGGCCCUCCAGGUGUGGGGAAGACUCUUCUCGUAAAGGCAGUUGCAAGGGAAGUGGGGGCAUAUUUGCUUUUCAUUAGUGGUCCAGCUAUAUAUGGCUCAAGGCCUGGAGAAAGUGAAGAGAAUUUGCGAAGAGUUUUUGAACAAGGCAGGGAAUUGUCCACUGAGGGACCAACCAUUCUCUUUAUUGAUGAAAUUGACUCUUUAUGCCCUAAACGGGGAAGUUCAAACAGCAUCUCUGAAAAUCGUAUUGUUGCUCAAUUGUUAACACUUAUGGACGGCAUAGGCAGUGAAAAUGAGAUGGUCAUCAUGGCAGCGACAAACAGGCCUGAUGCCUUAGAUCCUGCACUGAGGAGGCAUGGUAGAUUUGACCGAGAGGUUAUCAUUGGGACACCAACACUUAAACAGAGAAGGUCUAUUCUACAGUUGAUUACUUCUAAUAUGCCUAUUUCCACUGAUGUUGAUUUGAUUAACCUAGCAGAAAUGACAACUGGAUAUGUUGGAGCUGAUCUUACAGCACUCUGCAGAGAAGCUGCUAUGCAGGCUGUCCUCCACAACUGUUUGGAUUCAGUUCACAUGUUGAUUAACCUGGCAGACUUCCAUGAAGCUUUUAAAAAAAUUCAGCCAUCUUCCUUUCGAAGCAGUGUUGGACUAACUGACUUUAAACCCGUUACAUGGGAACAAAUUGGUGGUCUUGAAGAUGUAAAAUUAAAGUUAAAACAGAGUAUUGAGUGGCCUAUGAAGUUUCCUCAGGCUUUUUUGAGAAUGGGACUGUGUCAGCCAAAGGGUAUUCUCCUAUAUGGGCCACCAGGAUGUGCCAAAACCACUCUGGUGAAGGCUGUGGCCACAAGCUGCCAUUGUUCCUUUCUUUCUGUUAGUGGUGCUGACCUUUUUUCACCUUACGUUGGAGAUUCAGAGAAGAUUUUGUCUCAGGUUUUUCGCCAAGCAAGAGCACAUACUCCAGCAAUAAUAUUCCUGGAUGAGAUUGAUUCUAUGCUAGGAUCUCGAUCAGCCUGCAAAACUGGACAUGGUGCCCCAGAGAAGGUUCUUUCUGUCCUUCUUAAUGAAUUAGAUGGUGUUGGCGUUAAAGUCACAGAGAGAAGAGGAAAUAAAUUACAGCUUGAAGGUGAUCGUCAAGAACAAAACGAAAAGGAGAGACAGCUAGAGUUUCAAGAAGUUUUGAACAAAGAUGUCAUGAUAGUUGCUGCAACAAAUAGACCAGACAAGUUGGAUGAUGCCUUGUUGCGCCCUGGAAGGUUAGACAAGAUCAUCUAUAUUCCCCCUCCAGAUCAGAAGGGAAGGCUUUCUAUUUUGAAAAUUUGCACAGAAAAAAUCCCAAUAGAUUCUGAUGUGUCAUUAGAAUACCUAGCAGCUCAAACCAAACUCUUUUCUGGAGCCGAUAUUGAAAAUCUCUGCAAGGAGGCUGCUUUGCAGGCAUUACAAGAGAAUGGACUUGAAGCAACUUGUGUGAAACAUGAGCAUUUUGUAAAAUCACUGAAGAUUGUAAAACCAUCAUUAACCCUCACAGAUUUGGAUUUUUAUGAAAAAUUAUUUAAUAAGGAAGUAUCCUCUUAAAUCAGAAAAAUCUGAAGAAUGAUAUGCAAAAAUUGGUGGGUUUUUUUAAUAUAAUCUUUUAGAAAUGCAUGAUUUUUUAUAACAAUUCUUCUAAAAUUGUUAUUAAAAAACAAAGGGCAGAAAAGUUUUAUAGUACCCAUUUUUCCUUCCUUACAGUAUAGAAAGAAGGAUUGAAAGGCUUUAUAUAUAUUCAUUCUGCUGGUUUUUGACAUAGAAGUAUUAAGCAUGGUCUUCCAUGGGACCUUCUACCUCCGAGUCCCAGUCAGUCAGCACUUCUGUGAGCCAGAAUGCGAUUCUUAAGACCAGUACCAGUAAGAGGUCUGACACAGUCAAAGGGGCCAUCCACAACAGCCAGAAAUCUUUGAGGAUUUGCACUGUAUAUUGAAAGCUGCCUUUAACUGAAGGCACAAGGGUAUUAAAUCUUUAAUGAAGAUUUGUUUUCUCCAAACCAUUGAAUGAUUGAAUUAAGUAGGUGUUAACAAAAUUAAAUUUUUAAAGUCUGAAUAAAAGUCACUUCUCAGUAAGAUUUUUACUACUUUUAUACUGUAAUAUUGUCAUGAUCCUACUAGCUCCCAGUGGUCCACAGAAUAUUCUAAACUAGACAAGAACUAAAUAUCUAGUGCAAAGAAGAAAACGCUUAGAAAAAAUGACCUUUCAUGCCACAUUUAUACUUUAUAAAGAAAUUAAAAGGGGCAUAAAUGACUUUUUUUCUCAUGCUGUUCACCUUUUACACAAGGCUAUAUUUGCAAUAAUCAUUUGAAGCAUAGAUUUUUCCCUAUGGAUUGCAACUUUCAUUAUAUUGUGUGUGUACUGCUUUUUAAUAUUGAAUUAUAAUUUUCUGGUUUUGUAUGUAAUAUAGCAAAUUUUUACUUGUUCUAGAUUACAAAAAUCUUUCAUGUUAAAGGAAAAAUAAAAGUUAAAAUCUUGUUUGCAUUAAAUAUAAGUCUUUUAAAAGUACUGAAUUUUUCAGACAGCAUUCUUCUGAUUAAGGCCUGUUAUUGAUAUAAACUAAACUUGAGUGGCAGAGACUUGCUUAAUUUUUGGGUCCCUUGCACUGUAGUUAUUACAUACUUUUCCUCAUAGCUGAUUGAUUUGGACUACGCUUUUAUUCUGAAUUGUAAGCCAAGCCUUUCACAAACCAAAAAAGUCUUUAUCCAGUAAUAAGUUCUAUCCUGCAUCAAAGUCUUUUUCUUAGGGCUUAUCUGAAAAUUUAUCAAAAUUGAAUUUCCAAGUGUAGAUGAGCCCUUAGAAUAAAACUGUAAGAUAUAUAUUAGGCUGCCACAGACUUGCUUUGGUUUCAAGCAGUAUAUGUUCAACUCCUAUAAGGACUCCUUUCCUGUUGUCCCUCAGCUCCCAAAAUCAGAUUGACAGUGCAGUGGAUAUGUACUAUGGUUAUGAAUACUGUAGGAACUGCUACAUCUUGAUCUAUGAAUACUGAUAUGCAAUAAUGGUAUGAACAAUGUAUAUCUGACUAGGUCAGUGAGGGGAUGAUUUUUUUGUACUGGGUUAUAAGACUGCCCUGUCUGAAAGCAUUGUGCUAAUUUGCACUGGUCUUAGUAGAAUGUUUUAUAUGCCUAUAAUGCUGGAAUUCAAUGGGAACUGUACAGGACUGCAAUACAAUGACUUCCCAGAUAAGAAUACCUACAUACACACUAAAAGGACAGUUGAGGCCAGGUGUUAGACAUAGGGAUCCUACAUUUAGUCUCCAACAUGCCGUAAAUCUUGUUUUGCCAGGCUGGGAACUAGAGAUCAAAAGUUUAGUGUUAAAAAGCUUGUGUGGGCAGGGGGGUUGACUUAUCAGCGAGCUGUCUAAGCAGACAAGCUGUAUAGAGCAACCAAGGAAGGAAGGAGCCCAGAGGAAUUGGGGAUUCUGAGAUUCACAGAAUGGUAAGCAUUAAGAGAAAAUAGGCAUGGACUUUAUUCUGAUUUAUAAUUUUUAAAAUGUUUAAUCUGAAAUGGUUUUGGUCUAAAUAAAUUAUACUUUGCUUUAAAGAAGCUGAUUGGUCACUAAUUAUCACUGUCAUUGCCCCAGAGGGAAUAGAACGGCAGCCGAAGUCAGACCUAAGGUGAUCACAGUUGAUACAGAGGUUACUGCCACCUAGCACCUGGUCUGAGAAUAGGAGAGAAACAUGAUUUCACCCCAAGAAAAAGAGAAUUGCCUGAGGCCCAGAGGGGGUGUACUCAAAAAGUUCAAAGUGUAUGAGGUGUAGUUAGCCUGGUAAUCCUGAUACAGAUCAUUCUCACAAACAAGUUGCAAGAAAUAGUUCUACUGAUUAGUGUCAGUUAGAAUCUGGGGAGGCUAAAUAGAUAUCUUGGUGUAAGAGGAAAAACCUUGGGGGUGACUAUUAUCUGAACUGACUUACUUUCACCCUUUAAU